AUGAGCUAUUACUGCGGCAACUACUAUGGCGGUCUGGGCUAUGGCCUUGGUGGCUUGGGCUGUGGCUGUGGCUCUGGUGGCUACGGAUACGUCUGCUACCGCCCAUGUUACUAUGGAAGAUAUUGCUCCUCUGGCUUUUACUAA